AUGGAGAAGGAGGCAAGCCAACUCGAGAGGGACCACGUUCAUAGCGUAUAUGAGAAAAUUGCUCCUUACUUCAAUGACGCACGCUACAAGGCAUGGCCAAAGGUGCAGCAGUUCAUUUCAGAGCAGGAACCAGGCAGCCUGAUUGCUGAUAUUGGCUGUGGAAAUGGCAAAUACCUUCACAUCAAUUCUCAAGUCUAUAAACUGGGUUGCGACUACUGUUUCCCGUUGGUGGAAUCAGCACGAAAUAAAGGCCAUGAAGUAAUGGUGUGCCAUAGCUUGUAUCUGCCUUAUCGAAGUGAAUGCUUUGAUGCUGUCCUGUCCAUUGCUG